AUGCCCGAGUUCCUAAACAAAAACAUGCCUUACCACGGUGUGACCCCUCACCUGGUCCCCUUCCUGCCCUACAUUGAAAAGACGGACGAUUCCCCGCUUGACGGGGCAUGGAGGCCGGCGGAUUCGCUGUCGAGACCGAUAGAUGUUGCCGUGAUUGAAGGAUGGCUGGGGGAGUGUGACGGGAGUCAUUGGUGCCAUUCCCAGAGUCGGAAACAGAGAUCGAAACCUGCUUGGGUGGUGGAUGUUAAACGGAGGUGUGUUGUUGCUUAUAAGAAGGGGAAGUAUGUAGCGCUGAGCUAUGUGUGGGGUCCAGGCUGUGACACUGGGUCGAUUUGUUUGGUCAAGGGGAAUUUGGAGCAGUUGAGACAGGUUGGGGGGUUGGAUAAGGUGGGGGGGUUGCCGAGGACGAUAGCUGAUGCGGUGAGGCUUGUUGGGGAGUUGGGGGUGGGAUAUCUCUGGGUGGACAGGUUGUGUAUUGUGCAGGAUGAUUUGGAGGAGAAGGGGAGGCAGUUGAUGGGUAUGGCAGGGAUUUAUGAGGGUGCGUAUUUUACACUUGUUGCGGCGCAGAGCGCGGAUGCUAGUGGACCGCUUAGUUCGAGGCCUUUGCAGAGGAGUAGAAAGGGGUCGUGGUGGGGGGCGUUGUUGACGUUGGCGCCUGGGGUGGGGUUGAUUGGAAAGAGAAAGGAGGAGGGAAAUACGCCUUGGAGACGGCCGGUGAAUAAUAGGGAGGUGAUGAACUCUCAUUCUAUUGACUUGUUGCGGACGGUGUGGUUCCAGAGGGGGUGGACCUUCCAGGAGUACUUGUUCAGUAAGAGGAGUGUGGUGUUUCAUAACAAUACGGUAAACUGGUGGGUUCUCUGA